AGCGGGCGCGCCAGGUCGGGGGUCUGGAGCCCGAGGCCCGAGGGCCGCGGCCGACAGAGGCCGGAAAGGUGACCAGGGGGCGGGGCCAGCCCACGGCCACUCCCCGGCCAGCCGUCUUGCCUUCGCGCGUCGGGACAGCACUCGCUGCCGCUCGGUCCCGCCACGCACGCGCACCGCCCCCGCAGGCCCGGGACUUGGGCGGGAACUGGCCGGGGAGAGUGUGUAUCAGGGUUUUCCUUUUCCACCUCACAUCUGGGGAAACGGAGGCAAAUGCGGCCUCCAUCGUCAGUUUUCCAAAUCACCCUGGGCACUCUCCUUUCCUCCCUGUCUCCUUCCCUGGGCCUCACCCCUCCUCCGCGGCUGGGCUCCCAGCUGCUCAUCCAACCACAGCUAUUUCCAGGAAGGGGGAGCGCGGGUGGAGGGGUUUCUCCAAACAAACCCAGGGCUUUGGAGUGAGAGGGGCCCAGGCUGGGGGAGAGACUGAUACAGGCUCGGGAAAGUUGCGGGCUGGAAGAGGGUCAGGGUCCCAGAGCUCUGGCCUGGCUUUCCCAAGCUUGCCCCAGGGAGCUGCUUUUCCUGUCAGCACUAGCAGCGGGCUCAGCGCUCUCCCACUUCUUUCUCACUUGAGAGGCGCUGCGCAGGGUGGGGAGGGACUCAAAGCCAUCUUCCCUGACCACCCAACACAGGGGCUAGUGAGCCACCCACGAGGUCAAGAACGAGGGUCCGAGGAGGUUGGGGACCUGUUGCCAAGCUAGGGGACUUUUCAGCCCCUGUGGAGGCAGCAGAAGUAGAGACAAGCCUGCUGGAGGAGUCCUGGUCGGGGUAACUGCAGUAGGAGGGGAGAAAGACCACCCACACCGGCACCACCACAAUACCUUCACCUGCUCCCAGCAGAGCUGGGGCCUGGACCAGGCCGGCCCGAUUGCCCACACUGGCCAGGGGCCCGGAAUGUCCUGGGAACCAGCCAGAGCUGGAGGUGGGAGUGGGUUGCAGAGCCAGUGCCCCUCUCCAGUUACUGGUUAGGCUUCCCUCUGGCCAAGGUACCCUGGGGACAGACUUCCUGACCUGGAAGGGGAAUUAGAGCUUCAAGGGAGACAUCUCAGGCUAGGCCCAGCCCAAGGAAGUGUCCUGAGUGGGCUCAUCACAGAGGAGGCAGGGUUAGACCAACCUUGAUGGGCAUGGGGGAGGGAGAGGGGAGGCUGAGGGCCUGGUGGGAGAAGCCAGAGCUGGGGGAGUUGCCAGAGCCCUGGGACAUUCAGUAACUACCGUGCAAAUGUUGGGGGGGGACAGGACACACACAUUUGCGCAUUCUUUCAAGCAGCUGGACUGUUCCACUGGACUGCUCUGGGGGGCUGUGAUCCAAGACUUAGGGCUGAGAACCCCCAGGCUGUUAACCCCUAACAUUUUUUGGAAGAUUACUGUCACCCCCCCCCCCUUCCAAUGCCCCAGUCCACCUCCUUCCCUUAACUCCUGGGACAGGAAGCUGGCUGUGUUCCCAGGAGGGAGGCAGGAGGCCCGCAGAGGGGGGUGGAGUAUGUGUUGGGAGGGGGGCCUCCUGUCCAGUCCUCCAGCCCUGGGACAGCUGCUGAGGAAGAAGAGCGGAGCUGGGGGAGCCAUGAAGCCUAGGAAAGCUGAGCCACAUAGCUUCCGGGAAAAGGUCUUCCGGAAGAAACCACCAGUGUGUGCCGUGUGUAAGGCGGCCAUCGAUGGGACGGGCGUCUCAUGCAGAGUCUGCAAGGUGGCAACACACAGAAAAUGUGAAGCAAAGGUGACUUCGUCCUGUCAGGCUUUGCCUCCCGUGGAGCUGCGGAGAAACACCGCCCCUGUGAGGCGCAUAGAGCACCUGGGAUCCACCAAGUCUCUGAACCACUCAAAGCAGCGCAGCACUCUGCCCAGGAGCUUCAGCCUGGACCCGCUCAUGGAGCGCCGCUGGGACUUGGACCUCACCUACGUGACGGAGCGGAUCCUGGCCGCCUCUUUCCCCGCGCGGCCCGACGAGCAGCGACACCGGGGCCACCUGCGCGAGCUGGCUCACGUGCUGCAAUCCAAGCACCGUGACAAGUACCUGCUCUUCAACCUUUCAGAGAAAAGACAUGACCUGACCCGCCUAAACCCGAAGGUCCAGGACUUUGGCUGGCCUGAGCUGCACGCACCCCCCCUAGACAAGCUGUGCUCCAUUUGCAAAGCCAUGGAGACCUGGCUCAGCGCUGACCCGCAGCACGUGGUCGUAUUGUACUGCAAGGGGAGCAAGGGCAAGCUCGGUGUCAUCGUCUCUGCCUACAUGCACUACAGCAAGAUCUCUGCAGGGGCAGACCAGGCACUGGCGACCCUUACCAUGCGGAAGUUUUGUGAAGACAAGGUUGCCGCAGAAUUGCAGCCCUCCCAGCGCCGGUACAUCACCUACUUCAGCGGUCUGCUGUCCGGGGCCAUCCGCAUGAACAGCAGCCCUCUCUUCCUGCACUAUGUGCUGGUGCCCGUGCUGCCAGCCUUUGAACCUGGUGCAGGUUUCCAGCCCUUCCUCAAGAUCUACCAAUCCAUGCAACUUGUCUACACAUCAGGAGUCUAUCAUGUUGCAGGCCCUGGUCCCCAGCAGCUUUGUAUCAGCCUGGAGCCAGCCCUCCUCCUCAAAGGCGAUGUCAUGGUAACAUGCUAUCACAAGGGUAGCCGAGGGACUGACCGGACCCUCGUAUUCCGAGUCCAGUUCCACACAUGCACCAUCCAUGGACCACGGCUCAUCUUCUCCAAGGACCAGUUGGAUGAGGCCUGGGCCGACGAGAGGUUCCCCUUCCAAGCCUCGGUGGAGUUCGUCUUCUCCUCCAGCCCAGAGAAGAUCAAAGGUAGCACCCCACGGAAUGAGCCCUCCGUCUCUGUCGACUACAACACUGCAGAGCCCGCAGUGCGCUGGGACUCCUACGAGAACUUCAACCUGCACCAUGAGGACAGUGCGGACGACUCUGUCACCCACACCCGGGGGCCCCUGGAUGGCAGUCCUUAUGCCCAGGUGCAGCGAGCCCCCCGCCAGACCCCACCGGCUCCGUCUCCGGAGCCACCCCCACCCCCGCUGCUUUCUGUCAGCAGCGAUUCUGGCCAUUCCUCCACACUGACCACGGAGCCGGCCGCCGAGUCCCCUGGCCGGCCACCUCCGACGGCUGCCGAGCGGCAGGAGCUCGAGCGCCUGCUGGGAGGCUGUGGAGUGGCCAGUGGGGGCCGGGGAGCUGGGCGCGAGACGGCCAUCCUUGAUGAUGAAGACCAGCCCGCUGCGGGCGGAGGCCCCCACCUCGGAAUAUAUUCGGGACACAGGCCUGGCCUCAGCCGCCACUGCUCCUGCCGCCAGGGCUACCGGGAACCCUGCGGGGUCCCCAAUGGAGGCUACUACCGGCCAGAGGGGACCCUGGAGAGGCGGCGGCUGGCUUUCGGAGCCUAUGAGGGGGCCCCUCAGGGCUAUGCUGAGCCCUCCGUGGAGAAGAGGCGCCUCUGCCGCUCGCUGUCUGAGGGGCCGUACCCCUACCCGCCUGAGCUGGGGAAACCCGCCAAUGGAGACUUUGGCUACCGCCCCCCAGGCUACCGGGAGGUGGUGAUCCUGGAAGACCCAGGGCUGCCUACGCUGUGCUCGUGCCCCACCUGUGAGGAGAAGCUAGCACUGCCCACGGCAGCCCUCUAUGGGCUGCGGCUGGAGAGGGAGGCUGGAGAGGGCUGGGCGAGUGAGGCUGGUAAGCCCCUCCUGCACCCGGUGCGACCCGGGCACCCGCUGCCCCUGCUGGUGCCUGCCUGCGGGCACCACCAUACCCCGCUGCCUGACUACAGCUGCUUGAAGCCACCGAAGGCAGGCGAGGAAGGGCAUGAGGGCUGCUCCUAUGCCUUGUGCCCCGAGGGCAGGUAUGGGCACCCAGGGUACCCUGCCCUGGUGACGUAUGGCUAUGGAGGCGCGGUUCCCAGUUGCUGCCCAGCAUACGGCCGGGUGCCGCACAGCUGUGGGUCUCCAGGUGAGGGCAGAGGGUAUCCCAGCCCUCGUGCCCACUCCCCCCGGGCUGGCUCCAUCUCCCCUGGCAGCCCGCCCUACCCCCAGUCCAGGAAGCUGAGCUACGAGAUCCCUGCAGAGGAAGGAGGGGACCGGUAUCCGCUGCCUGGGCACCUGGCCCCAGCAGGACCCUUGGCAUCUCCAGCCCCUUCUCUCCCUGCAGAGUCGCCGGAGCCUGUGUCCUGGAGAGAGGGUCCCAGCGGGCACAGCACCCUGCCCCGGUCCCCGCGAGAUGCCCAGUGCAGCACCGCUUCCGAGCUGUCUGGUCCUUCCACACCGCUGCACACCAGCAGCCCCGUCCAGGGCAAGGAGAGCACCCGACGGCAGAACACCCGGUCCCCCACCUUGGCGCCCACUCAGAGACUGAGUCCCGCGGAGGCCUUGCCGCCUGUUUCCCAGGGAGGCGCUGAUAAGGCUCCAGAGCUGCCUGCAGGAAGUGGGCCUGAGCCUCCAGCCCCUGGUGCCUUCUCCCCAGCCUCCCCACCCAGCUCUCCCAACGACUGGCCUCAGGAGAGGAGCCCGGGGGGCCGCUUGGACAGCACCAGUCCAAGGGGGCCUGUACCCAACACCCUGCCCGGCCUCCGUCACGCCCCCUGGCAGGGCCUGCGAGACCCCCCGGACAGCCCAGACGGGUCCCCCCUCACCCCUGUGCCUACUCAGAUGCCCUGGCUUGUGGCCAGCCCAGAACCCCCUCAGAGCUCGCCCACACCUGCCUUUCCUCUGGCUGCAUCUUACGACAUCAACGGCCCCCCCCAACCCCCCCUUCCUGAGAAACGCCAUCUGCUGGGGCCUGGGCAGCAGCCGGGACCCUGGGGCCCGGAGCAGGCAUCACCACCAGCCAGAGGCGCUAGUCACCAUGUCACUUUUGCACCUCUGCUCCCGGAUAAUGCCCCCCAACCCCCAGAGCCCCCGAUGCAAGAGAGCCAGAGCAAUGUCAAGUUUGUCCAGGACACAUCCAAGUUCUGGUACAAGCCACACCUGUCCCGUGACCAAGCCAUCACCCUGCUGAAGGACAAAGACCCUGGGGCCUUCCUGAUCAGGGACAGUCAUUCAUUCCAAGGAGCCUAUGGGCUGGCUCUCAAGGUGGCCACGCCCCCUCCCAGCGCCCAGUCCUGGAAAGGGGACCCCUCGGAACAGCUGGUCCGCCAUUUUCUCAUUGAGACUGGGCCCAAAGGGGUGAAGAUCAAGGGCUGUCCCAGCGAGCCCUACUUUGGCAGCCUGUCAGCCCUGGUCUCCCAGCACUCCAUCUCCCCGCUGUCCCUGCCCUGCUGCCUGCGCAUUCCCAGCAAAGAUCCUCUGGAGGAGGUCCCAGAGGCCCCAGUGCCCAGCAACAUGAGUACAGCGGCAGACCUCCUGCGUCAAGGCGCCGCCUGCAGCGUGCUCUACCUGACCUCAGUGGAGACGGAGUCGCUGACGGGCCCCCAAGCAGUGGCACGGGCCAGCUCUGCAGCUCUGAGCUGCAGCCCCCGCCCCGCGCCAGCCGUUGUCCACUUCAAGGUCUCAGCCCAGGGCAUCACACUCACAGACAACCAAAGGAAGCUCUUCUUUCGCCGCCAUUAUCCAGUGAACAGCAUCACCUUCUCCAGCACUGACCCUCAGGACCGGAGAUGGACCAACUCCGACGGGACCACCUCCAAGAUCUUUGGUUUCGUGGCCAAGAAGCCGGGAAGCCCUUGGGAGAAUGUGUGCCACCUCUUCGCAGAGCUUGACCCGGAUCAGCCUGCAGGCGCCAUUGUCACCUUCAUCACCAAAGUUUUACUGGGCCAGAGGAAAUGAAGGAAGGCCACAAGCUCCAAGCCCACGUCGACACUGUGCCCCUCUCAGCACCACACAGCCCUCACUUCCCUUGGCCUGGACCCAGGAGACCCAGGAGCCGGCCUCUCCCCUAGGAAUGGGGAGCGGACACAGCGGCCUGGGACGCUGCUCUCCUUCCCCGCCCCCAGCCUGCUAAGCGAAGUGGAUGGGCCCAUGAGAUGACCUUGCAUGUGAGCAGAGGGCAGAGACGGUGUGUGAGGGUGAGGUGGUGGAGCCUGGAAGGGGUUAUCUGGACAGCCCCACCUGCAGGAGAGCAUCUGCGCUGGAGGGGGAGACAGGCCUUGCCUGCUCUAGCAGCUGCAGGUCCCAGCACGGCAGGGAGAGGGGAGAGGUGUGGGGAGCAAGGCACUCCCUCCUUUGCCUCCCCUCUGAGCAGAGAGAUCAGAGUAGGAUCACAUGAAAAGGGGGGGAAAGAAAAAAAAAAUAAGAGUCUAUUUUUGUCUAAUAAUAAAGAGUUUCUAUAAUGUUUA